UCAGUUUCUUAGUCUGUUGCUAGAAGAUAUCAACAAUGAGUUUGCAGGGUAAGCUAGAAGCUCAUUUAGAGAUUAAGGCUUCAGCUGAAAAGUUUCAUGAGAUAUUCACUCAUAAGCCACACCAUUGUUCCAGCGCCAGUCCCGGCAUAGUUAACAGCUGUGAUUUACAUGAAGGUGAUUGGGGCACAGUCGGCAGUAUUAUUUGCUGGGAUUAUGUUCAUGAUGGGAAGAAAUGUAUUGCAAAGGAGGUCAUUGAAGCCAUAGAUUCUGAAAAAAACUUUAUUAGAUUCAAGUUGAUUGAAGGAGAUCUGCUGAAGGAGUACAAGAGCUUCUCUUUUAAUAUCCAAGUUACCCCAAAACAAAAUGGUGAAGGCAGCAUAGUUCACUGGCUUCUGGAAUACGAGAAGAUAAGUGACAAAGUUGCACAUCCAGAAACAUUGCUUGCUCUUGUUCUGGACUUGUCCAAGGACAUUGAUGCUCACCUGACCGAGCAAGCAUAAUAUAUAUAUAUAUAUAUAUAUAUAUACACAUAUAUGUAGCAUGCUGUUUGUGAUCUGAGGGAACUUUGUGUGUUUAUGUUCUUUAAAUUAUUAUAAUAAUCCAUGUCAAAUAAAUUAUAGCUUGUAUUUGCAUGUGUGGUGUAAUCAUUUUCCUAAUGAUGUCAAUUUCCCCUUGUUUGGAGUUUCAUCUUUGUAACUACUUAAAGAUUUCAUGUCUUAAAUAAAUGAUGAUAUGUACACCUCGUUAAUGUUCA